AUGUCUCCCACCCAUGACAAGCAUAGCUCCCAGGGGCUGCUCCAGGCUCAAGUUGAUCUUUGGCACCACGCAUUGGGAUUUGUCAAGUCCGUGGCACUCAGAUGUGCAACAGAACUGCGAAUCCCUGACAUCAUCCAACACCAUGGUGGUUCUAUGACCCCUUCAGAGUUGGCCUCAAAGAUCGGGCUCCAUCCGUCUAGGCUUCCCCACUUACGGCGACUCAUGCGUGUGCUCACCGUGUCAGGCAUCUUUCUUGUUCCUGAAGUAGCCUCACCAGACAAUGAGGUUUCUUACGGGCUUACUCCAACCGCAUGCCUACUUGCCAGCUGCGAUGAAGUUAGAUCAAACUUAUCUCCCUUUCUAUCUUUGUUACUUGAUUCAACUUUCGCUGCACCCUUUUUUGGCAUGCACUCAUGGUUCCUGGAUGAGCAUUCCACGUCCAUGUUCAAGAAGGCUCACGGCCUUAACUUUUGGGAGAUGGCUGAGCAGGACGAUACUUACAACCAGCUAAUCAACGACGUGAUGGUUUCUGAUAGUAACUUUCUCAUGGAUAUCAUCUUGAGGGAGUAUGCUGGUGUAUUUCUCUGCAUAAACUCACUUAUUGAUGUCGCCGGAGGACACGGCGGAUCUGCCAGGGCAAUUGCUAAGGCGUUUCCACAAAUGAAGUGCACCGUGUUGGAUCACCCUCAUGUGGUUGAAGAAGCUCCUACCAGUGACCAUGUGUCAUUUAUUUCUGGCGAUAUGUUUAAGUACAUUCCACCAGCGGAUGCUCUCUUCCUGAAGUGGGUUUUCCAUGAUUGGGGUGAUGAAGAUUGUGUCAAGAUACUGAAAAAUUGCAAGGAAGCUAUACCUCCCAGAGAAGCUGGUGGAAAGGGGAUUGAGCGAGAGGAACAUGAGUGGAAAAAGAUAUUCAUGGAAGCUGGGUUCAGCGACUACAAAAUUAUAUCAGUGCUGGGAGUUAGAUCUGUUAUUGAGCUCUACCCUUGA